AUUAAUAAAGAUAAAGAAGACAGAAAAAGAGAAAAAAUUGAAAAUGAAGAUAAAGUUGAAAUUAAUAAAGAUGAAGAAGACAGAGAAGGAGAAAAGAGUCAAAAAAAUGCAGAGAAAGAUGGCAACAAGGGAAUGCAAAAGAUGACUACCAGAAGCUCGGGUGCUUUUACAACAAUCGAACCACCCACAUCGAACGCUACGUCACUCUCAACAUCAACGUUGUCUGGAAUUGAGGGUGAUUCGGUUGAUGAUGUCGAGGAAAAAACUCUUCAAAAACUCCCAGCUUCGAAAGAAAAUUCUGAUCACAGUAAUUCUCAGGUGAUGGGGGAAGAAGAGAUCAUUGUUGAGGAGGAAAUCGACAUGAAUGGACAUCGUUGGAGAAGAACUGCAGAAAAAUAUCAUAUUCCGUCAUCAAACCGAUUUCGAGGUCCUCGUCCAUCAACAAGCCAAACUCAAAAUGACUCAUUCAGGAAUGCAAAAUUUGGAAGGUCCUACGGCGUACCCACACCUGGGUACGGCGCAGGACAUUAUCCUGCACCUGGGUAUGGCGCAGGACAUUAUCCUGCACCUGGGUAUGGCGCAGGACAUUAUCCUGCACCUGGAUACGGCGCAGGACAUUAUCCUGCACCUGGAUACGGCGCAGGACAUUAUCCUCCACCUGGGUACAGUGCAGGACAUUAUCCUCCUGUCUAUCCUCCAUUUCCAUACUUCCCUGGACAGCAAGGAUAUACGCCUGGGUUCAACCCACAAUGGGGAAAAUUUCCACAAACAGAAGUCUACCCCCCUACAGGAAUGCCUUUGCAAUUUGGAAACAGUCAACACUCCAUUGCUUCUCUUCUCGCACUGCAGCAAUCUGCAAUGCUUGCAAAUAUGCAAGAGAGUGUUCUAAAAAAUGCCAACUCCCAAGCUGAAACUUAUGCGAAGCCAGAGUCUCAAACGACCGGAAAACAUCAAGCGCUAAAUCCAAAAAAAAUCCACCGGGACGUUAACAAACUUUUACGGAAUGUCCUACAAAAGCAUGGAGUUGUCGAUAAAAAAGGAGCACGUGGGAAAGGAUCAUAUAAUAGAGGAAGAGGCCGUGGGGGAGGCAAAAGCCGUGGUGGUAGAGAAGGAGGUUGGAACAGAAACGGUCGUGGAGGAAGUGGUGGUGGUCAGGGGUUAUCUAUUUAAAAUUUUUUGUAAUCUUUUUUACUUCUUUUGUUCUUAUUUCAAUUUUUUUUUCGAAUUAUAAUUGUCGAUUUCAUAUUAUUCUUACAAAAUUUAUAUUUAAAACGUUCAAUUAAUAAGCAAAUAUUAAAUUUUAAUAACAUUUUAGUAGAAUUUUCAAUAAUAAAUUAUAAGCACAGAUCUCCAAAAUGGGCGAAGUUAUUUUAUCUUACUUUAAGUUUUUUUAAAUAAAUAAACAAUUUAAUUUGUUCUUCAAGUACUAGCAAAUUCCAAUAUCUGUAGCUCUGAAUAACAAUAAUAAAAAUUAACAUCAUGUCUACUGCAAAAGACCAAAAAGUGUUCUUAGGCCAAAAAUAAAUCACUCUCUGAGAAGGUAAUUCAUAACGCAAAAAAGUAUCUAUAUUUUCCAUACCCAUCCAAAUAACAAGCAAUCGUUAAUUAAUAAUUUCUUUUUUAAAUGCAAAGCUAUGUUUUCUUAUAUUAACUUUCUGGAAAAAAACCUACCUUUUCAAUUGCGGAGUACAAUCAGGAGCAAUAUCUAACUUAUUAC